AUGCAUCAAAUCAAUCGUAAACAAACAAAGCUCUCUUCCCCCACCAUUUAUAUUCCUCUUAUUUUCUCCUCACUUCCUGUUCUAGAGCUUUCUCCUAUUUCUUUUCUCCUCCCUUUUCUACAGACUUCUCUUCAUUUUUCUCCUCUUACCACUAUUUUCUCCCUAACUUUCUAUUCUGUAGAUUUCUCCUCCUUCCUAUACAUCACUUAUUGCUAUUCUCUUACUAUACUUUCCACUUCCUCUUUUUACUUCAUUUGCUUUUCUCUUCUCUUUUUAUUUUGUAAUAUUUUCCUCCUCUUCUUUCACACUUUUCUUUUCUCUCUUUUCUAUUCUGUAGCUUCAUUUUUCUCCUCCUACUCUCCCCUUGUAUUUUCUUUUUCAGCUAUAGCUUUGUUACUUACUUUAUUACUUAUUUAUAUCAUUGAUCCAAGCAGACAACCAAAUGUGGAGUUUAUUGCAUAA